GAUGUGGGAAAUGAUUUUUAUAUCACAGAAACACAUCUGUGGAUGAUAGAAAGGCCGCUCUGUGUGCCAUUUUAAUUUUUAUUUCUUGGAUAUUAUUUAAGUUGAUGAAAGAGUAUAAAAUGCUGCGGGUGAAGUGAAUAAAAUGAAGAGGAGGAGGCAGAAAUGUGUCUUUGUGGCAGCACUUGUCGUCUGAUUGUUGGAUAACUGCUGCUGCUGCUGCGCUUCUGCUGGACAUGGAGCCGCUUUUAUUCUGGCUUUACAAAAGACGAGAAACGCGCGCGGUGGAUGAAUAUUUGAGUGAUUUCGGGGUGAUCUCCAGGCUUUCCUUUGAGCUCAAUGACAGGGGGAUCUGGAGGGAAAGGUGGAGGGAUGGAGAAUGCCAGUGAGCUCAAACCAACGCCUGUCAUCUACGGAGAGCUGUUGAACAUCUCCACCAACUACACCCAUGCCAAUUUCACGUCGAAAGAAGAGGAGAAGGACACUAGUGUGGCUUUCCAAGCGGGUCUAGCCGUGACCUUAGCCCUCAUAACUUUGGCCACCACGCUCUCAAACGCGUUCGUCAUCGCCACAAUUUACCAAUCCCGCAAAUUACACACGCCGGCAAACUUUCUGAUCGCAUCCCUGGCAGUCACGGACCUGCUGGUGUCCAUUUUGGUGAUGCCCAUCAGCGCGCUGUACACGGUCAGCCAAACCUGGACACUCGGGCAGGUGGUGUGUGACAUCUGGCUGUCCUCGGAUAUAACGUGUUGCACCGCGUCCAUACUCCACCUGUGCGUAAUUGCGCUGGACCGCUACUGGGCCAUCACGGACGCGGUGGAGUACUCCAAGAAGCGCACGAUGGGGCGCGCAGCCGGGAUGAUCGCCACCGCCUGGGUGAUCGCCAUCUCCAUCUCCCUGCCGCCUUUCUUCUGGCGCCAGGUGAAAGCAGAGGAGGUGACGAGCUGCAACGUGAACACCGACCACAUUUUCUACACCAUCUACUCCACCUUCGGCGCUUUCUACAUCCCCACGCUGCUGCUCAUCGCCCUGUACGGGAGGAUUUACGUGGAAGCCCGAAAGCGCAUCCUGAAGCAGUCCCACAACAAGCCGGGGAAGAGACUCACCUCGGCGCACCUGAUCACCAACUCCCCCGGCUCGGUGGCGUCCACAACCUCCCUCAACUACGGGACUAACGACACCUCUUCCUGUGACACUACCUCGUCCUCGAACGUGAACCAAGUCAAAGUCACUGUGUCCGACGCGCUGCUGGAGAAGAAGCGGAUCUCCGCCGCCAGAGAGAGGAAGGCGACCAAAACUUUGGGAAUAAUCCUGGGAGCCUACAUCAUAUGCUGGCUCCCGUUUUUCAUUUACACUCUUCUAGUGCCUGUCUGCGAGUCCUGCUUCCACCCGGAGUUAUUUGACAUUUUCACCUGGCUGGGUUACCUCAACUCUUUAAUCAACCCCAUUAUUUACACCAUGUCCAACGAGGACUUCAAGCAGGCUUUCCACAAACUAAUACGGUUUAGAUGCUGCAGGGCAUAAACGACGAUUACUAGCCAUAAUUACCACCCCUCCCACUCCCCUGCAAAUUCCAUCUCUAAUCACCUGUAUAAUGCCAGAAUCAAAUCAACCCCACCAUCACCCACUAAUAUUUCACUCCCCAGGUUUUCCCUGAGGACAGCAUAACAUCCAGAUUGUUUAUGAUAAUGUGGCUGCAGAAUGAGCUUAUACCUGAUAGAUGGUGCAGAGGACUGUGAAAAUGCAUUGACCUGCCAUCCAGUCUGCAUUGUAUUAUCUGAUGGCGCUGCGUAAUGAAUGGCUGCCGUUUCUCAACCAUUGGAAUUUCUUAAAGAAAAUAGCCAGCUGCUGUUGGCUCAAAGGAGAAAUGUCAGUGGGUGUUAUGAUAUAGAAGCUCUGUGACUGGUUUGCAGAUGAUAGUGUUGUUAUAAUGACUUGGAGAAAGCCCAUAGCCCCAGAUGCAGGGGCCCCGCCUGUACGUGCUGCACUGGACUGUAGCCUACAGACUCACUUUGCCAUAUGAGUUUGACAGUCAACGUCAGUUGGCUUGUAAGCACAAAACAGCUUAGGACUAAGCUACCAUGAGCCCCAAGGGCAAAAAAUAAGAUUUGUGUUUCAUUUUCCUGACUCAAUAAGGGGAAAUACUGGUGCCUACAACAAGUUUAGUUUAGUUCUUCAGACGUGCCUGGCCCAGAUGGAAAGAAAAGCAUGAUUUCAGUUUGAGGAAAAAGACACAGGUUUGGUUUAUUCUUGUGGCCAGUGUAUGUUGUUUGCUUUUCUUUUCUCGCUGUGACUGGUGUUCACUUUAAACAAGGCUUCAAAAUGAGUGUAAAUGUACGAAUCUGUAUGCAUCAGUGUGAUUUUUACAUUAAUUUGCUAAACAGUCUGGGUUUUGCCAAGUUGAAUGGGUAUCAUACUGUAAAAUAGUGCAAAAAGACGGACUCUGUGGGAAUGAAGAGCCAGUAUUGUGAAACCGAUUCUAUCUACCAGACCUCUUGUUAAAGAUGCAUUCUUAAUUGUUGAUAUUAGCUUUGAUGUUCCAUUUCAUAUCAGGCUAAACAA